CUUGGUCGGACAGGUUGAUAUUCAGUGAAUAGAGAUGUCUUUGAUUUGUGGGAGAGAUUUGUGGAGAUAUAUACAUACAUGUAUAUGCCUACCGUGUCAAUCCCUGAAGUCUUGGACAAGAAUCCUUGGAUUGAUGGUUGUCGUCACGUUGAUCAUUUUCCUGUUCAACCUCAAGAUCCUGAACUUCGGGAAUGACAAAGUACACCAGCGCUUGAAACCUGCUUCAUCCAGGUAUACUGGAAAGACGAAAUCAACUGCUAGAUGUAAUCAGGUAACUCUACAUCGGGUUCAAAUGAACUGCGACAAAUGGGUGGUGGUCACCACGAUCUUCAAUUUGACCGACGCCGUGAAGGACCUACUGAUGAUGCCAAAGUGGUGUAUGGUACUGGUCGGUGACAAGAAAGGCCCAAAAGAAGUACCGUCAUUUCCCAAUCUGAUCUUCCUAGACGUUGCCUGGCAGGAGCGCUGUCCGUACCAUAUCUGCCAGCAUAUUCCAUGGAAUCAUUUCAGUCGCAAAAACAUUGGCUUCAUGUACGCCGUGGCUAACGGGGCCAAGUGGAUAUACGACACCGACGACGACAACUUCCCCAAGUUUCCUAAAGCCGAGCCGCUUUUGGAUUCGUCGAUCAGAUUCGAUCUAAUACAGGUCCCUGGACACGUGUACAAUCCCUACAUUCCAUAUAUCAAACCCGACACAACAUUUUGGCCGAGGGGGUUGCCACUGGAUAAAAUCAAAGAUUCCGACACGAAGAACAUGAAAGUGAUCGGUACCGUCAAACCGGAAAAGGUCGCGGUGAUUAACUAUUUAGCCCAAACCGACCCCGACGUUGACGCGAUCUACAGACUGACGCAGAAAAUUCCUUUUCAGUUCGAGAUGGUGGAGAAGUAUCACGCUCUACCGCAUUACAUCAUGUCACCCUACAACGCCCAGGCAACGAUGCAUGCACAGUUCGCCUUUUGGGGUCUGCUUCUGCCGGCAAGCGUAGACAUGCGUGUCACGGAUAUAUGGCGGUCGUAUUUCACUCAACGGUUAGUCUGGGACACCGACGGUCACAUCGCUUUCGGUCCGCCAUACGUCAAUCAAAUCCGCAACGCGCAUUCGUAUAUGGUCGAUUUUCACAAUGAAAUUGAUGUCUACCUUAAAACCAGCAGACUGAUCAAAUUCCUGGUGAACUGGAUCCCGAAAACCGUUUCGUUGGCGCAGAACAUGAUCGACCUUUACAUAGAACUCUACCAAAUCGAUAUUAUCGGGAGGGCCGAUAUCGAUUUAGCCAUAGCUUGGAUACGCGAUCUGGAAUGUGUCGGCUAUACCUUUCCGCCAGUCAAAGUUGCGAAAGACUACGUGUAUUUAAUUCAAGGUGCAAGCGUCACGAUGCACGAUCAACUUGUAUCAAACUCGAAUCGAGAUGUUCUAUGGCUGACGUACGAAACGGAGUCUGGCGAUCUUUACCGGCCGAAUAGCACGUGGACCAGUGGAAGGAAUCUUCAGCUGGAACACGCCGUUGAACGCGGGAGCCGAAUGUCGGAGAAGGGUUAUAAGUAUUUCAUCUUUCUCGACGACGACGCUAAACUGUCGUUCAGUAUUAAUGGUCGAAGAUGGAAAGAUGAAGGCGGUUGCAAUAGCGACGAUGUGUGGACAUGCUUUGAACAGUUCUUGGGCGCUCACGAGCCGGCAGUCAGCUAUCCAUACUACACAUAUACUGGACAUUUCUAUGACAAGAAUUCAAUGGUCAAUACAAACUACCAUAUCGAUCCAAUGAUGGUGGCUUUUCACCGUGACACAUUAUCUUUCCUACUGCCCUACAGUACUGAGUUUGAAGCGCAAUCCUGGUGGGCAUCGGGUGUUAUCUGUGCUGGCCUGGCCAACAUGCUGUAUAGCACCAACACGUUUCAGUUCAAUGUUCUUCAUAGCAUCAAUUCGAGACCAAAUCAUCCGGGCAAUACUAAAUACAAGACGGAUGGGAAUCAACCCGGUCAAUUGCAAUUCCUGCUAUCGGCCCUUCUGCCGACUGUCGAUGGAAAGCAGAAUCCGUUGUUGAACAGUACCUCGCUGCGUUUGGCCCCGAGGAUUAACGGCAAGCCCAAUCUGAAGAAAAAUAAAACCUACAUCGUUGACUACGCGUUCAUUAAAAAGUACUUUAAGCUCGAUCAUAAGUUUUCGCAAAGUCGGCUAAACUGGCUGAAAAAUCCCGUGAUCAAAAGAAUUCUAUUCGGGGGCAUAGACGUAACUGAAUUUGACAAUUCAUUCAAUCCUGAUUAUUCUUAUCCGAUCUAACAGGUCAAACUGUAGUAUCAUUCGCAUAGAGUUUCACCUUACACCGACUUCGUGGAAAUCUCAUCAACCCUGAUUAACGGCAUGUUUGAAGAACGGAUUUUAUCUUUGAAACGGACAAAUUAUCACCCAGGUCCGACUACACCUGCCUAAAACUCCUGGAAGAUCGACUGCAUCUCUAGGACUCGGAUCAAUGCUUAGUUAUAUAGACAAACUCGAGCUUUUACUUUUUGGCCGUCUGUGCAAUCAGAAAAAUGGUUGUACCCUAAAACGAGUUUUUCUCUUCGCUUAUGUGUACAUGUAUAUAUAACUGGAUCAAAAAGUAAAAUGGGCACACGUGGAAUGAUGAUUCCUGAUUUCUUAAAUGCCCUUAAACGAUACAAUCUUUCGAUUCAAUUAUUUCCUGAACACAUUUGUGAAACACGCAGAAUUUCCCGAUCCCAAAAUGUGGAAUAAGAUUGUAAAUAACAGUGUAAAUGACUACUACUUUAACUAGAAUGGAUAUCCGGUGUGUGCGCAUGAUUCGGCGAAAUAAAAGACUCCUAUGGAUUUCACCAUGCUGGUUAUAUCAGCACGCAAAUAUAGAUAUUUAAGGUUUCAGUUCGCUUUCUUAGUAUUGUUAUUAAUGGUUAAAUCAAGUUUAAUUGAAUGUUAAUUAUGUAAAACUCAUUGUUCUGACAUUGUUGAUCAUAUCAUUUUACACUGCGAAGACCUCAUUCCGCAAAAAGAUAAACUUUAAAAAAAAUUAAUAGAAGUUACGGACAUUUCCCUUUUCCAGAGAUUUAUUUAUUUAUUUACAUAACAAUUCUACGGAGCCUUUCCAAAAUCGUUGUUCUAACUACCUCUUUCCCCCUUGGGACCCUUUCUGCUCAAUGUAAAGUCAUUAAUUUUAAGUGCUGUAGAUAGCGAUCAUCUCUGUAUUUAACUGCACCCUGUAGCGUGUUUGCGUAUGUUUGUGUGUAUGUUCAUUAAUUAGUCCGUCUCUAUCUCCGAAACUAUGACACCAGAUAACUCCACCACGAAUAUGGCUGGCACGAGUGGACAAAAUUCAGAAUUAUGCCACGACAUAAAUAGGAAUUGUGGUGCACCAUAAAUCAACCAAUCAAAACAUCUGAUCUCGUGAAUCAUGCCGCGGCAGAAUUCAGAAUUAUGCCACGGCAUAAAUAGGAAUUGUGGUGUGGCAUAAUUAGACCAAUCAGAAGGUGGCAAUCGUUUUAUUUAUGGUGCGGCAUAAAUCGCACUUCCGUCCACAAUUCCUAUUUAUGCCGCGGCGCAAUUCACGAGAUCCGAUGUUUUGAUUUAUGGUGCACCACAAUUCCGAUUUAUGCCGUGGUAUAAUUCUGAAUUCUGUCCACUCGCGCCAGCCAUACAUGAACCCGUCAGUUAACAUUCACCAUGACUUACAAUCAUGACCUGCUUAUUUAUGGUUGGUUGAUGCAUGAAAUAAGACAUAAGAAGGCUGUCGUAUUCAAAACUGGCCAGCCUAGUCUUAAACCUCAACUUCUGCUAUUUGACCAGGUAUGACUGAUAGGCCUUGCUAUAUGAUAGGCUUUUGCUAGGGUCAUGAAUAUUCACCAUUAAGGUGGACCUAGUGACUUUUCUUUGUCUGGUGUUAUAGUUCCGAAGAUAGAGUAUAUACACCUAGCCUACA